AGCCCCGGCAUGCCGCUCCGACGGACCAUGCGGGCGCUCUUCCUGGGCGCGGCGCUGGCCGUCACUGCGGGCUGCGAGGCCGCGGCGCUCACGGACAGUCGUGGACUGAAAUUCGUGUCGCAGGACGCCUUCUGCGCCUACCACUGCAGCGCGGCGCACGUGGCGCAGGCCUACCGCCACCUGAGCGAGACGUCCGAGUGUCUAGAGAGCAACUGCGGCCGGUUCCUCGAGGAGGAGAAUCACCACUAUUCUAAUUCUAAUACCAAGAGCAGGAGCAGGACGAGGCGGAGACUGCGACCAGCUUUCAGCUUCAGCGACAGCAACGCCACCAACCAGUCGGCGGUGGUGGGCGACGUCCACGCAGCGAGCGAGGACGACAAGGACGUGACAAUCAUCAGCGUCGUGUCCUGCGCCAGCGUGACAGAUGUGACGCUGAGCAUCGGCGACCCGGAGACGGACGCGUUCGCCAACUUCUACCAGGCCUUCUCCACGGCCUACGACGCCAUGCUGUCGGGAAGUAACGCGACGUACGAUGCGUGUCAGCUGCAGUUCCUGCAGAAGGAGCUGCUGGCCAAUUACUCGACGGGCGUGGACGACGACGACACGGACGUGAUGGAGAUCAAGCCCACGCUGAUCAAGUUGAACGCCACGAGUGACGAGCUCAAGUGUUUGAAGGAGAUCAAGGAGAUCUGGCCCGCGUCGAGCGAGAGCCACACCCCGUUCUUAACUAGAAGCGACCAGGACGACGCAGCGGCGACGGUCAUGCUGGUGCACGUGAAUGCAGGGGUGGGGGACAACAUCCUGGCGCUCGAGUGCGUGGAGAGCGUGACCGUGCUGCCGGCCAUCCUGAAGCUCAUGCCGUUCGCCAAGAGUUCGUACGCGUUUUCCAAGUCCAAGAAGGCCAAGGAGGGACCGGCGCUGGAGAUCAGGCUGGCCAAGGUGGUGGACACGGCCGCGACGCUCAAGAAGCUUUCGGCUCGAGUUACCAAGGCGACGGGCAUUAAGAACCUGCUGACGAAGAAGAGCUCGACGGCGGAGACGGGAGGCGUGCUGAUCCAGGCGGCAGUGGACGACUACGAUACGUGGACGCAGGCGCUGGCCAUUGUGCUGGACGAUGAAGCUGUCGAGUGGGUGGAUCUGCAGCAGGUCGUGACGACGGGAUCGCUUCAGGCGCUGAAGACGCCCGCACUGGAGCAGCGCAUGCUCCGCCAGCGGUUUAUCGAGGAGAGGGAGAUGAAGAUGGAGCACACGAGUCGACGACUGGACGACUACGCGCAGGACCUGGUCGGCGUUAACAUCAUGCAGAAGCACAACAUCACCGGCAGCUCCAUUAUUGUCGGUAUCACGGACACAGGCCUGUAUAUCGACCACGACCAGUUCGACCAGGAAUCGCGGAAUAUGUACGACGACGAGGACCUGACGGCGCGCAAGGUCAUUUACUACCAGACUUUCGCUAACAACGUGGACGAGGCUGAGGGUGUGACGUGUGGCCACGGCACACACGUGUCGGGCAUCCUGGCAGGCAGCUCGUACAGCAAGAAGAACAGCGAUCUGGGCAUCGCGUCCAGCGCGCGCAUUGCGUUCAUGGACAUUGGCAAGCAGGAGUCGACGUGCGCGGGCACAAGCGGAUGCGAUGUGUCGCUGGAGACGCCCGGCGAGGUCACGAACCUCAUGAAAGCGCAGGUGACUACAGGCGCCAAGAUCUUCUCCUUCUCGUGGGGCACGGGAGCCAACGACUACAAUACGCAGACGCAACAGGUGGACGAGUUCAUCUACGACAACCCGGACAUUCUCAUCGUCGUGGCAGCGGGAAACAGCGGCGAGAGUGGUGACUACACGAUCAGCAGUCCGUCAGGAGCCAAGAACGUCAUCUCAGUCGGCGCCAGUCUGAACGCCGCGGCUUCAUUCUCCUCGACUCCAUGCCAGUCGGUGCUGAAUGAGAACACGGUGGCCUCGUUCUCCUCCAUUGGACCGACGCUCGACGGACGACAGAAGCCCGACAUCGUAGCCCCCGGCAUGUCCAUCACCUCUUCGCAGUCCGAGAAGCCUGGAUCGACCACCAAGUCGUCCGCGGUCUGCUCGCUGCAGGGAACUUCCCAGGCUACCCCCGUGGUGGCCGGUAUGGCUGUGCUGAUCUACGAGUGGCUGCGUGACGGCUGGUGGAAGAACGGCGUGCCGGACCCCACGUACGGCAUGGAUACGAUCCCGGCGUCUCUGAUUAAGGCACUUCUUCUACACAGUGGCGAGGCGAUGUCUCGCCGUCUGAUCGAGCCCAGCACUGGCGUUACGUCCUGCGUGGCGCUGGAGACUGCUGCUAAGACGCUGAACUCGUACCCCGACUUCAACCAGGGCUACGGCAAGCCGACGAUGCUCAACUUGGUGUCGUUCAUGGACGACAACAACUCUUCCUCCGCUUCUUCGACGAGCAGCAACACGAUUUACUUCUUCCCGAACUCUUCGGCUGGCUCGGAGCCGAGCGUGACCGAGGGCAGCGAGGUGACGUUCCACUUCAUGCUGACCGCCAGCGUCAACCUCCGCGUGACGAUCGCGUGGACGGACCCUCCCGGAUCCGUCGGCAGCAAGGCCACUCUCCAGAACGACUUGGAUUUGAUGCUGAAGGUGGCGAACACCAGCGCCAUCUUCUACCCGCUGAGUGGCAACGGCUCGCGCGACGCCGUGAACAACGUGGAAAUGGUGGAGGUCUCGUACGACGACGUGCUGGACGCGGUGACGGAAGCCGGCAUGGUCGUAGAGGACGGGUACAUCUACGUGCAGGCUGUGGUUCGAGGCCACAGUGUCAAGGCAGGAGAGAAUGCCACCACAACCGGCCAGAAAUUCUCCAUCGUGGCCUCGUCGACGCCGUCUUCAACCUCGCUGUCUUCAGGUGCCAACGGCGACGAGGAGUUCUGGCAGCCGUGGAUGACCAUCGGAGCCAUCGUCAUCUGUACGCUGUUGAUGCUCUUCGUGAUCGCGCUGAUCUGGCGCAUGCGCGUGACCAAGAAGGCCGAGAACCUCAAGGCGGAUCACAGCACUCCGUCCGCUGCUGCUGCGCUCACUGGCGCUGCCGGCAAGAGGACAUUGAGCCGCCGUGAACGCAACAAGAAGGCACUGGAGGAGAGCCAGCAGCACAUCCAUCCCAACUACCGCAACGUGGACGCUGGAGGCAGCCAUCGACCGGCUAUCGAGCACACACUGCAAGAACCUGUCAGUCGGCGUGGAGCUGGAGCUGGAGGCUUCAACCCGGCAGCUGCCGCUGCGAGAGAACCCAGUCGACGUGGUGCAGCCCCGCUGGAGCCUCCGCACCCUCCGUCCGUGCGUAAGACCAGCCGUCGCGCCGCUGCCGCCUUGCAACAACCCGUUCCUGGUAGUCGCCGGCGGGAUCGGGAGCGCGGAGACGGUCGAGAACGCAAACGCAGCGACGGCAACGACCGGGAGCGCAAACGUAGCGACGGCAGCGAUCGGGAGCGGAAGCGCUCCGAGCGGAGAUGGGAGCGUGAGCGCAGCGACCGUGCUGAACGGCCCGACCGACCCAACAGCGAUCGAGGUCGCCAGCGAGAGCGCAGCGCGAGGAAGAACGAGCCUGCCAAAGCACAUUCGACGCGGCGCAGCAAGCCGCCCAUCGUGCUCUACGAGUGA